AUCCUCUGCUGGGCUUUCUUGAUGAGAGGAGCACAGCGCAUGCUCGCAGGUAAAACAAGCAUUUUUAUUACUUUUAAAUUGUAAAACAUUGCUCUGUUUAUCUUUUUUGUCCAAAAUGAUUAAGAACCACAUGGAGGGUCUAAAAGUCACUUGUGGGGUUGCAGCCCCCUGUGAUAGACCAACAAAAAGUACAAUAAAAAUGUGAAGUGAAAAGAAAAUGAUGCAUGGUUUUGAAACAGUUGUUACAAAAAAAUCUGAAAAGUAUGUAAACCCAUUUCUGCCACUUGAAAGUAGAAAAAUACACUUGGUAUGUCAUCAUUUUUGCGAUUUAAUGCCAUAAUUAUGAGAUACCAUGUGUCAUUUUUUUUACUUUCAAGUGGCUGAAAUAGGCUUCCCUAGAAAAAAGCCGCAUCCAUUUGAUUUUGUUAAAACAGAGUCUGUCCAUGUGUAGUUUAAUCUCAUAUGCAGGCACAUUUACCUGGGUGCCCAUCGCCCCACCUGGCCCCCCUCUUGUUGCGCCACUGUAAAUGCAUCCCAUUGGGAACGUUCAUUAUAAAACUUCAGGCUGAGGUUGAAACGUUUUAAAAUCAAUCACACCCGGAGUGAAUAGUUAUGAUGUAGAAAACUGAAGCCUCCCGGCCCUCCAUCAGCUUCCUCCAAGUACCUGUGCGGCGAUGAUGACGUCGGGUCACGUGUUGUUGUUUGGAUCAGGAAACGUCGGUUACGUCCUGAACAGCGACAGUUCCUCCACUCAUUGAUGAGUGCCAAGCCUUCACGCUGCCCGGGAUGACUGUGGGAAGGGUGCCGCUCCUCCUGCUGUUAUCGGGAACUUGGACUAUCAGCAUGUAGAGGUGGAACAACCAAGUCCGACACGGAUCCGGCUGCUGGUUGCUGUGGGCGCAGCUAGCCACCGUCUCUCCGCAGCGGACAGCGGUUGAAAGGAGAAAGAAAAAGAAAAAAAACUCGAGCUAAUCGCGGCCAGGCUAGCUCCGGUGUUAACCUCCGAGACGGGGAAGAACUGCACCGGGUCCCGGAGACACAUUCAGGCACCGGGGGAGUUGUGUGAGAGGAAAAAGGGGAGUAAAAAAUGGAGCUGUUUCAGGCUAAAGACGAGUACAUUCUUCAGAGCGGGGACCGUGCUCUGUGGUGCAGCAGGAAGGACGGGAGCAUGGCUGUCAGACCCGCGACAGACCUGUUGUUAGCCUGGAACCCGGUGUGUAUGGGCCUGGUGGAAGGCAUCAUUGGAAAGAUCCAGCUUCACACUGACCUUCCACUUGGUCUCGUAUUAAUCCGGCAGAAAGCGCUCGUGGGCCAAUUACCAGGCAACCACCAGGUUUACAAGAUCACCAAAAUAGCCGUCAUUCCCUUGUCCGACGAGGAGCCUCAGGAACUUGAGCUGGAGCUUUGCAAGAAGCAUCAUUUUGGAAUCGACAAACCAGAGAAACUGGCCCAGUCUCCAGAUGAAUCGAAGUUCUUGAUGAAGACUCUGAGUCAGAUAAAAUCCAACGUGUCCGUCCCCAUCAAGAAAAAGUAUUCCCCUGCAUUCCAGGUUAAAGAAAACAAAGAGAAGGAGCGUCUGGAGAGGCGGCUGUUAGACGAGCUCUACAAGAUAUUCAUGGACUCGGACUCCUUCUACUACAGCAUGACCUAUGACCUGACAAACAGUGUGCAGCGGCAGGGAGACGCAGAGAAGUCCAGCUUACCUCUGUGGAAACAGGUGGAUGACCGUUUCUUCUGGAACAAACACAUGAUCCAAGAUCUUAUUGAUCUUCAGGUCCCAGAGGUUGACUUCUGGGUAAUCCCGAUCAUCCAAGGCUUUGUCCAGGUGGAGGAGCUGGUGGUGAACUACAACGAGACGUCUGAUGACGAACGGAGCAGCCCGGAGACCCCACCGAAGGAGAUCACCUGUGUCGAUGACGUCCACCCUCGCUUCACUGUGGCGCUGAUCUCCAGACGAAGCCGCCACCGUGCAGGGAUGCGCUACAAACGCAGAGGAGUAGACACAGACGGCCACGUGGCGAACUAUGUGGAGACGGAGCAGCUGAUCCACGUGCACAGUCACACGCUGUCCUUCGUGCAGACCCGGGGCUCUGUGCCUGUCUUCUGGAGCCAGGUGGGGUACCGCUACAACCCCCGACCACGCAUAGAGAAAGGGCAGAAGGACACAAUGCCAUACUUUGCUGCUCACUUUGAGAAGCAGCUGAAGCUUUACACAAAGCAGGUCAUCAUUAACCUGGUGGAUCAGAAUGGACGAGAGAAGAUCAUUGGUGACACGUUUCUGAAGCAGGUCCUGCUGUACAACAACCCAAACCUCACAUACGUUUCCUUUGACUUCCACGAGCACUGUCGUGGAAUGAAGUUUGAGAACGUCCAGAUACUGACAGAUGCGAUUUCUGACAUCAUCACUGACAUGAAGUGGGCCUGGGUGGACCAAGCUGGAGUCAUCUGCAAGCAGGAUGGGAUCUUCAGAGUCAACUGUAUGGACUGUCUGGACCGGACCAACGUGGUUCAAGCUGCCAUAGCUCGAGUGGUGAUGGAGCAGCAGCUGAAAAAGCUUGGUGUGAUGCCUCCAGAGCAGCCUCUGCCUCUCAAAUGCUACAAGAUUUAUCAGGUCAUGUGGGCCAACAACGGAGACACCAUCAGCAAACAGUACGCAGGAACAGCAGCCCUCAAGGGAGACUUCACGAGGACAGGGGAGAGGAAGCUGGCCGGUGUGAUGAAAGAUGGCGUGAACUCUGCCAACCGCUACUAUCUGAACCGUUUCAGAGACGCCUACAGACAAGCAGUCAUUGAUCUGAUGAUGGGUUUGCCUGUGACGGAGGACCUCUACUCCAUCUUCAGUAAGGAGAAGGAGCACGAGGAAAAAGAAAAGGAGAGCCAAAGAGGAGCCCAGGAGCAGGUCAGCCUUCUGUUGCAGACCUACAUGCAGCUUCUGCUGCUGGACGAUGAGACGUUUCAUGGAGGGUGGGCUCUCAUCAACUGUGACAUGAGCCUCAUUGAUGCAACCAACAAAGAUGUGGAUGUGCUGCUGCUCCUGUCAGAUAAAGCCUACUACAUUGCUUACUAUGAUGACGAGGCAGAUAAAGUCAACCAAUACCAGCGUCUGAACUUGGAGGGUUUGGAAAAGAUUGAAAUUGGUCCGGAGCCCACUCUGUUCGGGAAGCCCAAGUUCUGCUGUAUGCGUUUGCACUACAGGAAUCAGGAAACUAGUGGCUACUUCCACACCCUGAGAGCGGCAACGCGGAAUCCAGAGGACGAUGGAAAGGAUACGCUGCAGUGCAUAGCUGAGAUGCUCCGCAUAACGAAACAGUCCACGGGGUUGGACCUGCUUGUGGUGGAAAAGAAGCUUGAGAGGCGGCAGAGUAAGCCUCAGGAGGACAUUAUGGGGAUCCAGAACAAACCUGCUGGUCAGGUUCCUGGGAGCUCGGGUCUUGCGCAGGGCAAAAGUUUUCUCCUCAACAAGUUCUCCUCUCUGAACCAGAAGGUGAAGCAAACCAAGACAAACGUAAACAUCGGCCCCUUUAAGCCACUCGGCAAGCUGGGAAACUUCUCCAAACCAGACGUGACCGUGAACUUCCUCAAACCGACCAUGCAUGUCAACCUGUGGAAGUCAGACAGCAGCCUGGAGACGUCGGAUAGCAAGCCCACCUCAGGAGCCCUCAAAGACAUGGGUGACAAGCACUACGAACACGACUCGGAUUCGGACUCGUAUAAUUCCGACCCUGAGCAUCCAUGCUCUGGGUCCUUUGAAAAAGUGGACUAUGUUCUGCCCAGCUGUGGCAUUGUAGCUUCAAACUCGCGACUGGGCAGCCGCUCUCAGUCCAUCGGCAGCGUGGAGCUCAACAUCCCGUCUAUGAUCCAUGUCACCGGCUGCGGAGAAAGACAGGAAGGCCUGUCUGAAAUGAACGAUAAAUCACCUGGAGCCGCCUCAUUGGCUGAGGAAGCCCUGCUGAUUGACUUUGGUACACCCAUCGACGCCUACUGCCACCAGUUUGUCCAGGAUGCACAGACCAUACCUGUUGAGGUAUUUGGAGAGCUGCCACCAGCUGGUGUCCCUCCAGCCAACCCUGCAGUGCCCAUGCAAAAGAAAGCCCCUGCAGACUCACAGCAUCAGCCGGGCUCUGAGCUGCAGAAUCAGCACCAGAAGACUCAGCUGCCGAGACCUUCCCAGUUAGACGUCCAAACCUCUACCUCCAGAUCCAACCUCCUCUCUGUCCAGAGGCCCAGCUCUGCGGUCUCUGGAGGCUCCCAGAAGAGUCCGAGUUCGCUGAUGGAGGGCAGCCUCGGGCCCUCGCCAGCCGACAGCAACGGCAACCGCGUGGUGUCCCCUUUUGCCAAGAUCAAGAGUUCCAUGGUCCAGGUGGCCAGCCUCACCCAGGCAGGACUCACCCAGGGCAUCAACUACGCCGUGGCGAAGGUACAGAAAAGCCCAGAGCCAGACUCUGUAAACGAGGCCCAGGAGAGCGAGCUAAAGGCAAUGUUUACACAAUGCCAGACGAGGAUUAUUCAGAUCUAGUGCUUUUCCUUGUAGCAGGAUUUUAUAGUCAUUCGUGAUCUUGAAACUUCCCAUGUGGUAGCCUCAGCAGAAGCUUGCACAGAGUGUCAUUAAUAGGCCAAUAUAUGUGCUCUUAGAUGCACCUUUAAAUGAGCCUUCCUACGUCAACCGAGACUCUUGUUCAGAGCAGAGAAACACAUCCUCUACUCCCAUCAUCACAGCCAACAUGUUUACAGGCACACAAGUUUGGAUUUCCCCCUUUUUUUGUUUGAGCGCUGAUUGUUUUGUCUUUUUUUGCCACGCUGCAUUGCACACUGAAUAAUAUUAAUAUAUGUCCUCUCUUA